AUGAGAUCGCCGGAAUCGAGUUUCGACGCCAGAGAUGGAGCACAACGAAGCGAUACCAGGAACAAUGAUACCUCCCCCGAGAAUCCAGCGGCAAACAAUAGCGUUGAAAGGGAAGACAGACACAACGACAACGACGAUCCAACUCCCCAAAUCCCAGAACCCUCAUCGAACAUUACCGGCUGGCGAUUAAUCAUCACCCUACUCCUCCUAUCCCUAACAGCCUUCGUCGUAUCCCUCGACGACACAAUCGUCGCAACAGCCAUACCACGCAUCACAGAUGACUUCCAUUCCAUAGCGGACGUGGCAUGGUACGGUUCCGCAUACCUGCUCACCCUAGGUGGUAUGCAGCUCCUAUUCGGAAAAUUGUACGCAAUACACUCGGACAAGAAGAUUUACACCGGUUCAUUGUGUAUUUUCAUCACGGGCUCCACGGUCUGCGGCACGGCGUCCAGCUCCGUCGUGAUGAUUUUCGGUCGUGCUUUGGCUGGAGUUGGAGCUGCUGGGCUUGUUACUGGUGCGCUGAUCAUUAUUGCGCAUUCCGCACCGUUGAGGUUGCGGCCUGUUUAUACUAGUAUUGUCGGCAGUAUGACGGCCGUUGGAAGCGUGGCGGGUCCUCUUCUUGGAGGAGUCAUUACCGAUCGAUUAUCAUGGCGAUGGUGCUUCUACAUCAAUCUUCCUAUUAUUGGGACAUUGCUUGCGCUGUUCUUAUUCCUCUACCGUCCGCGAAGAAGACAACAGAGUCCAUCAUCAUCUGGUCUGUUAUGCGGGGGAUCGAGAUUGCAACGAGUGCUUCGAUAUGAUCCGCUGGGGAAUCUUGCGUUCUUGUUUGCGGUGGUUUGUUUUCAGAUUGCUUUGCAAUGGGGUGGUGCGCAAUUCUCCUGGCAUAGUCCGCGGGUGGUGGCGCUCUUUGUCUCCUCGGCUGUGCUGCUUAUGAUUUUCGCACCGGUCGAGUGGAUGAUGGGUCAGCAUGCGACGCUUAAUGUGCGGAUUGCGAGACAGCGGACGGUAGCUUCCAGCGGUGCACUCAUCGCCCUCUUAGGCGCAUCCUACUACUCCGCAAUCUAUUAUCUUCCCCUCUGGUUCCAAGGAGUCCAAGGAGCUUCACCUACCCACUCAGGCGUAUUGAGCAUCGCACUCCUCAUAUCGAUGAUUGUCUCGUCACUCCUCUCCGCCGGACUGGUCUCUAAAACCGGUUACUACAACCCCUUUGCACUUGCCGCCCCGAUCCUCGCGGCCUGUGGGACUGGCUUGUUGACGACUUUGGAGCCGGACUCGGGACCUGGUGAGUAUAUUGGAUAUCAGGUUUUACUUGGGAUUGGUAUUGGCUGCGGAUUCCAUCAACCUUUCAUCGCCGUGCAAGCCGUUCUCCCGGAAGCAGACGUCGCCAGCGGAAUCGGCCUAAUAAUGUGUGCAGAAAUGCUAGGUGGUGCCUUGGGAAUCGCCGUGUCACAAAAAAUCUUCGAGAACCAACUGGUAGCCUUUGUGAACAAAUCCCGACCAGAGAUUCAUGCCUCUGCAAUCUUACAGACGGGCGCAACAGGUCUCGCUGCGCUGUUGCCGGAAAAAUCUAGUAAAGAGGUGGCAAAGGCUUAUAGUGAUGCCGUUACUGCUACUUUUUAUUUGGCGGCGGGAUUGGCGGCUGCUGGCUUUGUUGCGGCUUGCUUUAUGGAGUGGAAGAAUAUUAAGAAGACGGAAGGUGAUGAUGAUGAUGAUCGGAGCAAGGGUGAAGAAAUCGAAAUUGAUGAGACGGUUAAGAGGCCGAGGGAAUUGACUGUUUAG